AAGAGAGCAGCAUUUAAAGAGGCUCGUACCCGCGUUCAUCUUCAAAAUGCACCCACGGUUCUCUUCCUUCCUGACAUCCCUACGCACAACCACGCAGGCGUCUCAUCGUACAUUACUCCACAAUGGGUAGGCCCUAUCCAGUCGGCGACUAUACAUGCUUUGCUGACAGCCUGUAUAGGUGUAUUCAUGUCCGUCCUUGAGUGUGCCGCGGGCUGGGUCGCCGUUGGCUGCCUGUACGUAGCAUGGAUCCUCAUCCGCGAUGAUAAUGGAUUGGGCACUGGGAUCGGGCAGCAGCCGAGGAUAGCCAUCCGCAGCAAGGAGUCCAAGACGUACGACAAGGCCCUGGAGGGUCAGAAAUUCAGCAUGCUGGCCUGGGACCACAAAGCUGGCCAGGCGACGGCGUGCUGGGACAGCGAUCCCUCGGUGUGCGGCAACUUGACUGACUUCUAUCCGCAAUGCCAAGGCAUACUCGACAACGAAGUGGUUUUCGACAACGAGGGCAAUCAGUUUCCGUUCGAUUACUGGACUCCAAAUGGGACGUUGUCAAUCCCGCUGCCGGGUAGAAAAAAAGUUAUCGAUGCGGAAUGGAUCAUUGAGAUCUCCGAGUCCACCUGGCCGCAAUGGGAUUGUCGGGGGAUGCUGAAGCCCAACGAGCGCCCAAAAGAUCUCAAGUGGCUGACAAAGGAGCAACAAGACGAAUUCGUGAAGGAUGCUGGUCUGGCUCGCAGGACCCUCGUGCAUCCUUUGCUCGAAGAGCAUUUCGCGACCCUAACUUCGGCGAAGUCUUUGGAGGCACAGGCUUGCUUCGCCACGAAAGGUGCCUCGCUCAUUAUGGAGCACAUGGACGUCGAUGCGCUGUCGCAAGCUGAAACUCUACACCAGGCCAUGACGAUGAUGCUGACCAAGGGAAGUGAGCGUCUGCCGCUUUGGAAGCGCCUGACAUCGGCCGGGCAGAUGUCAGCAGCAGUGGCGGUGCACUCCACCCUCGAUGCCCUGGUCAAGGCCGCCGAAGGAAAAGGUGAAGACCCAAAACGCAUGGAGACACUUGGUAUCGGGGCCAUUGUGCAGAGCGUGCGUGUACGCAUGGAGGCUGGCGAGGCCAGAGCGCAAGACGCAGAGGCGAUGGCACAAGUCUUCACGAGGAUAUUCGGGUGAGGCGAGCAUUGUGGACUGUAGUUGGAAUGGAGACGAUAUGGAUGGACGUGCUACGGUCUGGUGAACUUGGUGGCUUAGUUCUAGGCUCUUUGGCGUAGAUAGUUGGAUUCAGAAUGUAUGUCUUGGUCGAUACCUG